AUGACUAACGCCGGACGUGUCCUGGCCAAGGGCCUCGGCAUCGACGUCGACGCCCGAUACCGCAACGAGCCCAGAGAGGCCGUCCAGUCUGCCGCUGCCUCCUUCAACUCCGUGGAGCAGUAUGAGGAGGAAGAGCCGACCGUCAAAGAAUUCCUCUAUGCCCAUCGGCCUACGGUCCCGGGCACCAUCGCCUAUGUCAAAUCUCUGUUCCCAUUCUGGUCGUGGAUCUUCCACUACAAUGUCACAUGGCUUCUGGGAGACAUUAUUGCAGGUGUCACUGUCGGUUUCGUGGUCAUUCCCCAGGGUAUGGCUUAUGCACUUCUGGCCCAAUUGAGCCCCGAAUAUGGCCUGUACACAUCAUUCGUCGGUUUCCUGCUGUACUGGGCCUUUGCGACCUCCAAGGACAUCACCAUCGGCACCGUCGCUGUCAUGUCUCAGCUGGUCGGCAACAUCGUGCUGCGUGUACGUGACACCCACCCUCAGUAUGAAGCACCCCAGAUUGCCCAGGCUUUGGCUGUUAUUUCGGGUGCUGUGCUUCUCGGUAUCGGCUUGGUGCGGCUUGGCUGGAUCGUUGAGUUUAUCCCACUCGUUGCCAUCACCUCCUUCAUGACCGGUGCCGCCAUCUCCAUCGCCGCCGGCCAGGUCCCCGCCCUCCUCGGUAUUUCCGGAGUCAACACCCGUGGUGCGACUUACAUGGUCAUCAUCGACACCCUCAAGGCGCUGCCUAGGGCCAAGCUCGAUGCCGCGAUGGGUCUUACAGCUCUGUUCCUGUUGUAUGCGAUCCGUUUCUUCUGCAACUUCAUGUCGGAGCGCCAGCCUAGCAAGAAGAAGUUCUGGUUCUUCAUGUCGACUCUGCGCAUGGCCUUUGUCAUCCUGCUUUACGUGCUCAUCAGCUGGCUCGUCAACCGCCACGUCAACUGGGACGCCAAGAAGGCCAAGUUCAAGAUUCUUGGCAAGGUUCCCAGCGGUUUCCAGCACGCCGGAGCCCCCAACAUCGACACCGAGCUUCUGUCGGCCGUCGCCCCCGACUUGCCCGUCACCAUCAUUGUGCUCAUCAUCGAGCACAUUGCCAUCUCCAAGUCUUUCGGCCGAAUAAACAACUACGUUAUCAACCCCUCGCAGGAGCUGGUCGCCGUCGGCUUCACCAACCUCUUUGGACCUUUCCUCGGCGCCUACCCUGCCACUGGUUCUUUCUCCCGAACGGCUAUCAAGUCCAAGGCCGGUGUCCGUACUCCCUUGGCCGGUAUCUUCACGGCCGUCAUCGUCCUCCUGGCCCUGUACGCCCUGACUUCCGUCUUCUUCUACAUCCCCAUGGCCAGUCUUGCGGGUCUGAUUAUCCACGCUGUCGGUGAUCUCAUCACUCCUCCCAAGGUCGUCUACCAAUUCUGGGAAGUUUCGCCCCUCGAGGUCUUCAUCUUCUUCGGAGGUGUCAUCCUCACCAUCUUCACUGAUAUCGAGAAGGGUAUCUACCUGACCAUGUGCGCCUCCGCUGCGCUUCUGCUCGUCCGCCUUGCCAAGGCCAAGGGUCACUUCCUCGGCCGCGUCAAGGUCUACCGUGCGACCAAGGACACUGCCGGAAAGGGCGUUCCCUUCAACGACCAGGGCGAGGCCAUUGACUUGCCGGCCCGCGAGGCCUACGUCCCCCUCAAGAAGGACGAUGCCUCGAACCCCAUCAUCGACGUCCAGAGCCCCCACCCCGGUGUCUUCGUCUACCGCUUCGGUGAGGGCUUCAACUACACCAACCAGGCUCACUACAUGGACGGUUUGGUUGCCUAUGUUAUGAAGCACGCCCGUCGUACUAUCCUCGACCGGUAUGAGAAGCUUGGUGACCGUCCUUGGAAUGACCCCGGCCCGCGCCGUGGCGCCAAGAUCGACAUGGCAGACAACCGCCCCAUCCUCCGCGCCAUUGUCCUCGACUGUUCCGCGGUUAACAACAUCGACGUCACCUCCAUCCAAGGUCUCAUCGAUGUGCGCAACCAGCUGGACCACUACGCCGAGCCCGAGGUUGUCGAGUGGCACUUUGCCAACGUCAACAACCGCUGGACGCGCCGUGCUCUCGCUGCUGCAGGCUUCGGUUUCCCUUCAGUCAAGGAUGAGACGAUUGGCCGGUGGAAGCCCAUUUUCAGCUUCGCUCCCGUGGACUCUGGAUCCAACCAGGCGCCGCACAUCACUUCUCAACGCAGCCGCGACGAGGAGGAACAACAACACGACGACACCAUCUCACCAAGCAAGCACAUUGGCGAUGGCGCUGUGCCGGUGGCGGGACGCGGUGACGGCAAGCUUGCGGCCAUUCAAGGUAUGAACAGGCCGUUCUUCCACAUCGACGUUGCUGCGGCGGUGGAGAGCGCCAUCCUGAACGCGGAGCAAAAGAGCGAGGCGUCGCCAACGACUUCUAUCCUCAAGAGCGGUUAG